UCUCUCUGGAACAGCCACCCAGAGGAGAGACUGAAAGUGCUCGCCUGCCUGAGCCAGCUGAGGCAGACAGUGGACAUCAUGAAGGUUUUUAAUGAUCCAGUUCAUGGGCACAUUGAGAUGCACCCUCUUCUUGUUCGCAUCAUUGACACACCUCAGUUUCAGCGCCUGCGAUACAUUAAGCAACUGGGUGGCACUUACUUCGUUUUUCCUGGAGCCUCCCACAACCGCUUUGAACACUCCUUAGGGGUGGGCUACCUUGCAGGAUGUCUGGUUCGUGAACUGAAGGAGCGGCAGCCAGAGCUGGGUAUAACCCAACGAGACAUCCUCUGCGUGGAAAUUGCUGGGCUUUGUCAUGAUUUGGGUCAUGGGCCAUUUUCACACAUGUUUGAUGGAAGAUUUAUUCCACUUGCUCGUCAAGGUUUGAAUUGGAAGCAUGAAACUGCUUCUGUUGAAAUGUUUGAGCACCUGAUCACAUCCAACAAACUGGAAGAAGUCAUGGAAUGGCAUGGCCUCAUCCUGGAGGAAGACAUGGUCUUCAUCAAGGAACAGAUAGCAGGGCCUAUAGAUGAGACAGCUUGUGAGGAAUCGUGGCCCUACCGAGGACGACCAAAGGAGAAGAGUUUCCUAUAUGAGAUAGUAGCAAACAAGAAAAACGGCAUUGAUGUGGACAAAUGGGAUUAUUUUGCAAGGGAUUGCCACCACCUAGGGAUCCAGAAUAAUUUUGAUUAUAGGCGCUUAAUUAAAUUCACUCGAGUUUGCGAAGCGGGAAACCAGAAGCAUAUCUGUGCCCGUGAUAAGGAAGUUGGAAAUUUGUAUGAUAUGUUCCACACUCGGAAUUGCCUGCACCGGCGAGCGUACCAGCAUAAGGUUGGCAACAUCAUUGAAAUAAUGAUUACAGAAGCCUUUCAAAAAGCAGCGUUUUUUCAAAUAGAAGGCUCUGAAGGAAAAUUGUACCAGAUCUCUACAGCAAUGGAGGACAUGGAAGCUUACACGAAGCUAACUGAUAAUAUCUACCUGGAAAUUCUGCACUCAAGUCGUCCAGAACUGAGUGAGGCACGAGAAAUUUUGCGUAAGAUAGAACGGCGUGAAUUACACAAGUUUUUAGGAGAAACUCAACCUGAAAAAAUGAAUGAAAUUCCAAAGGAUGAAUAUGAUGACCUGCCAGGUGACAUUGCUAACUCCAAGCCAGAAAAGGAUCCUCCAGACGUGGAGCUGACUGCUGAAGACUUCAUAGUUGAUGUUGUUAAUAUGGAUUAUGGAAUGAAAGAUCAGAACCCCAUUGAUAAUGUUCUCUUCUACUGCAAGGCUGAUCCUUCCAAGGCCAUCAAGAUCAGUAAAGAACAGGUUUCACGGCUUUUACCAGGGACCUUUUCAGAGCAGGUUAUCCGGGUUUACUGCAAGCGUCAGGAUCCGGAUAUUGUUUCAGCUGCAAAGCAGUAUUUUGUUCAGUGGUGUAUAAAGAGGAAUUUCACCAAACCACAGGAUGGUGAUGUGGUUGCCCCUCAUCUAACUCCACUGAAACAAAGCUGGAAUAAGAGAAGCAGGGAUGAACACACGACAGCUUCAGAACCCAGCUGCAAGCAGAAGCUUUCUUUCAAUAAGUAACGUGUCUCCUUUUGCACUGUUCACCCACCUCCUUCAGAAGAUGGGCAGCUCUGAGCAGCAGCGCUUUUAAAAUGCAAUCCAAUGAACUGUA